AUGAAAAACAAUAUGCAAAAAUGGGAGAUUGACUUACAAAAAAAGAUCCACAACAAUAAAGUCAAAACCGCAAGACCUACCAUCCGGUACCCAAAUUCUGCUAUAACUAAUGACCCUCAUCUGAAUUCAUCUUCAUCCCAAGAAGAAAGCGAGCUUGAUUCUUCAUUAAAUAGCAUCCUUAAAAGUUUCCAUCUUCAGCAGUACUUUAAAAAACUCUGUGAAAUGGGCUACGAGCACAAUAUUUCAGCAUUAGCCAAUUUAAAGCCAGAAGGAAAAGAAAACUUGUAUAAUCACCUACAUAUAAUGCCAGGACACAAAUCUAAAUUUGAAAGUUUAUUUGAAUUAUUAAGGCAGUUCCAGCCACGGCCAGAACAAAAUACAAGGAGAAGCAACUCUUUAAGCUCACAAAGCAAGGAAAGAACAAGGAGACCGUCUUCUGGGGCCCACCCAAAGGUAUCUCCUAAGCAUUCAGUCCCUGAGGACGCAUCUCGAUAUAACCAUAUUCUAGAAAAAUUCAAAAAUCUUGACAUACAGAGUGGCUCAGAACUUUAUAGAGACGACGCAUUAAAUAUGGUUAGCCGAGAGAAAUCAAUUGGAAGUGACACAACUGAGCCAAGCUCGACUGAUGAAGAAAAAAUAAGGAUUCAAAAGGAGUUGGAGAUGGCUCUGUCUUAAUUCUUAUUUAAGAUUGCAGAAAAGCUCCCUGUGAUGCCUCAUAGGGUAUUUUCCGCUUUCUUUCCUAACUAACUGCUAUUUGUCAUGCUACACUCUCCAGAAAUGGGCUCGCAUACUAGUUGAAGUGUUGUUGGAUGGUCACUGUGCCGCGCGUCUCGCUUGGGUUGCCCUUCUAUAAAACCUUGCAGGAUAGCCAUCGCCGAACGCACCCUCCCUUCCACAAAGUCCUGGUCUCCCAGCUAAAGGUGUUAAGAGCUCCCGCAAUUAUAACGUAUAUGAUAUCUCUAUCUAGAAUUGAAGAAUUAAAGUUAGAAUUAGAAAAAAAGCAAAAAGAGAGCCCAAAAGCAGCAGUAAAAUCCUUUGAUCCAUUUGAGCCACUUCCAGAAAUCGAAAAAAGAAAUGAUGAAGUGGGGGUUUCAUAUGACUCGGCGAAGAUUAGGUCCACUCUUCAUCAUAUAGAUAUAGAAGAAAUGUGCAGAUCGCUUACUCCCCCCCCUCCGUGAGUGAACAAAAAAAUUUUGUUCACUCACGGAAGGGGGUUAAUUUUUUUUUUAAAAAAAUUUAUAUAUAAAUUUUCUAAAAAAUUUUUUAUAAAUUUUCUAAACAAUUUUUUUUUUUGAAAUUAAAAAAAAAUCUAAUUUGCAAAAAUUUGAAAGCAAAUAUUAAUUUAAUUUAUAAAAUUUAUGUUUUAAAAUGCAAUUCAUUUAAAAUUAAACAGAAUUAGCUCUAGAUUUCAUUAUAUUAAUUAUCAUUUAUAUAUCAAAAUUUUUUUCCAUAAAAAAUUUUUGUAUUAAAAAAAUUUUUGUUCACUCACAGGGUGGGUUUUUGGGCAAAAAAAUGCGAUUUUUCUAAUGGUUUUGUUCACUCACGGAGGGGGGGGGGGAGUUAGUAAAGCGGUGGUAAAACUGGUAAAGCAUGGUAUGGAGGUCGAAAAAAAUCGUGUACAGGAACCUAGUUUAAAAAUAUCAUUAAUCCGUCAUGUUUGAUAUUAUCAAUUAAAUUAUAAUAAAAAAAAAUAAGAAAAUUAAUAAAAUUAUUAUUAAUUGAAGGAGAUAGCGUCUUUGCCUGAUUUUUUUGAAGAUAGCAGCAAUAUGCCUGAAUCUUUAAGGUCAAAAAACUCUAUAGUUUCUUCAAAUUUCAGCUCUUCUAUAGGAUCAUCAUUAGAUUACAGCCAGGAUUCAGUAGUGAGAUAUUCAGAUUUACAAGAAAUUGCUGAAGAAAGUAAUGAAAACUCCCCAUUUAAAGAUGCAGGCGAAGUAGCCGUUCCUAAGAGUAUCCAAGAGAUUUUUAAAGAAAAUUUUGAUGACCAUAAUGCAUAUCCUGGGGUAGAGCCAGAAGAAAAUGAAAUUUAUAAUUUAUCGAGAAAUGUGAUUGUGAGGAGCAAGAUGGAAAAAGAGUGCUCAAUUAUAUGCUUGAUAUAUAUGGAAAGAUUAAUUGAAAAGACUGGGAUUUAUAUUACUGAAAUGAAUUGGAAAAAAUUUAUUAUUCUAUUAAUAAUAAUUUUUUAUUAUAAAAACAAGGGAAUCUAUCCUUUUUUAUAGAAAAUUUAUUUUUAAUAUAAGCAGCUUAUUAUAAUUCAUCAUAAAAUUAUUAUUUUGCUUGAUUUUAGCAAGCAAAAUUUGGGAUGACGAGUCCUAUGAAAAUGUCCAUUUUGCCCAAGUAUUUAGCAUAAUAACCCUAAAAGAGCUAAAUGCAAUGGAAAUGACGUUUUUAAGCUUAAUUGACUACAAUGUCGGUAUAAAAAAUAGCGAAUACGCAAAAUAUUAUUUUGUGUUAAGAACUUACUCAGAAAGAGACAAACGAAGCUUCCCAUUAAAACCUUUAGACGUAGACACCGUAAGAAGGCUUCAAAAAAAUGCAGGCCACGCUGAAGCUUUAUUGAGGGAAAAACACAGUGAGUCUCUCUUUAAAACUCUUUAA